AUGACUGACGAGUUUGCAUCACUCUUUGCAGCGCGUGCGGUGGCCAGGAUAUCGGAUCCAGCUGAGAUGAUUUUGGCUUUUGAUGACAAUGAGGAGUUAGAUGAGGGGGGUGGUGAUGGAGGAGGAGAUGAUGGCGGAGAUGGCAGAGGAGGUGGCCGAGCGCAUCAGCAUCAGAUUACUCAGCUGACCAUAGAGCAUGAUACUGAGAUAGAGCAGCGGGGUCGAGCAGAGGAGCUUGCAGUGAGUUUGCAGAGAGCUGCAGCAGAUUCAUCAACUGGGGUCAUUGGAGUGGAUGGAAAGAUAGGAGGUUCAUUGAAUGGGAUAGAUGGAGUGGAUGGAAGGAUGGGAGGUUCUUCAACUAGGGUAGAUGGAGUGGAAAGAAGGAUGGGAGGAUCUUCAAUUGGGGUCAAUGGAGUGGAUAGAAGGAUAGGAGGCUCUUCAAAGGGGAUGGAUGGAGUGGAUGUAAGGAUGCAAGGUUCUUCAACUAGGGUAAAUGGAGUGGAAGGAAAUAUGGGAGGCUCUUUGAUUACGGUAGAUGGAGUGGAAGGAAGGAUGAGAGGUUCUUUGAUUUGGCUAGAUGGAGUGGAAGGAAGGAUGGGAGGUUCAUGGGAUUGA